AUGCGCGCCAUCUCAUGCAUUGUUUUCUUUCUACACAAGCGUAAAUCAUCAAUUCAUGCGGAAAAACAGAAAUUACUGGUUUCUAUUCAUAGUAGUAGUAGUAGUAGUAGUAGUAGUAGUAGUAGUAGUAGUAGUAGUAGUAGUAGUAGUAGUAGUAGUAGUAGUAGUAGUAGUAGUAGUAGUAGUGAUUAUGUUGUCAUCAAAGCGCCUAAUCAACAGAUUAUACCGUCUAAAGAAAUCACCGCUGAUUGA